UCCUCAAGUACUAUUAACAGCAUCAUCAAUGUCAAAUUUUAAUGUGUUUGAAAACUAGUAGUACUUGAUAUUUCACUUCAAAUUAGAAAGAACAUUGAUAUAAAACCCCACCAGUGCUGUUUAAAUUUAAGUAGGCAGUUUUUCUCUAAUUAUUGUUAAACUGCAAUGGGCCCUUUGGAAAUUGCUGGAUUCAGAACCCCUGUGUUCUGGUUUCAAUUUUAGUGUUUUGAAUUUAACCAUGCCAGCAUUUCCUUUGGUUGAGGAACUUCUUCAUCUGUAAAAUAAACUUGAUUUCUAAGGUCUUGUCCAGCUGUCACGUUGGAUUGUACUUCCACAAAAUAUUGACCUAAUUAGUAACUGUUGAACGACUGAAUAAAUGAAAAAACCGUGUUUUCUGGGAACAAUUUUCCUCUAAAAAUUGGGACUAUGUAGACAAAUACCCCUUUGCUAUGAAAGGGAGCCUAACUGUGCUUGAGAUGCAGCCCCCUGCUUACACUUAAUGAUGCACCUGCCGUGGAGGAGCAUGCCCUCCGCCACUGCCUUUGCCCCUCAAGACCCAGUAUCUCAAGGUUGUUAUGGUGCUUAGAGAAGGAAAAUUUGAGGCUGAGAAGGAAAAGAAAAGAUCUCCCUGAAGUGCAAACAAGCAUUAGGGCAGUAAAGAGGACUCCUCCACAGAAGGAGAAGGGCAAAAAAUGUAGAAAAACUCACAGGACAUCACCAGAGCCACAGGUUGACUGGGUACCUAAGUUUAUGAACUGCUCCAGCAUUUCUUGGGAUUGAAGGACCUUGUGUCAAUUGUCCAAGCCCAUGACCCGGGCUGAACAGGAAAGAAUAAGGGAAAAAGCAAUAGGCGUUCUACUCUCAAAUGGCUCCUCUGGCCUGUGUGAUUGCCUAUCUGGCAUUUGGCCAGGCAAUAGAGACCCGAUGAUGACUCUCUAUAGCAGGUCUGGGAAGGAAGAGGGGAAAAGCAAGCUGAGGUGUUUUGUGGGAAAGGUAUAGCAUUUAGUCAGUUCCUUCCCUCACUCCAUUUCAUCCAUUUAUUGCCUGGCAUCUCUCCCACCCCAAAAGUGGCAGCCCUUGCCCUUGCAGGAGACACCAGACAUUAUUCACACCUUGCAAAUGGACUCACACUGGGAGACUCCUGGAUCUCAGGCUGGGACUGUAAGAUAAUUAAGAAGAAAGGAGAUAAUGAAGGCAAAAAUCCAACACCUGGCCAUGAGUAAUGCUCUGGAAGGGUUAUUUGUACCCAAAUUGAGUGUCAGAGCUGGGAGGGCCUGCAGAAUCUACAAAUGGAAACAGGACAUAACCUGGCAAGAGAGCUAAAUCAGACCCUGCUGUGCUAGGUCCCGGCUCAGGACGCCUUUUCCUUCCCCUUUCCUCCUCAGCAGCCGGGCAUCCUCUACUGCCUUCCUCUGUUCUCCUGGCUCCCCUACCACUGCAGCUUGGACUGCUGAACGCCCCUUCUCUGGGCUCCCUGUUCCAGCUCAGGCUCAGGCUGCCAGCGCCUUUCCGACACCUACUCCUCUUCUUCCUCCAGGCAAAAAACACAAGGUUAAACCUCAUUACCUAGCUAGGUAUACAUUGCACUGGGAGAAGGGUUUUCUUUUUGUUUAACUCAGUCUGCAAGGUAGCAUUGAGCUGGCGUGGGGAGUCCAGAGUAAUUUGUGUUUGGCCGGUCACCACCAAGAAAGUGAUGCUCUCAGCGCUGAAACAAAGCUCUGUCUGUAGCAUCAAGAACUCCUCGCCCUCCUACACAGACAAACACCUCGCUCUGCACCCAGCACAGAAGCUGGACACACACACACACACACACACACACACACACACACACACCACAGUCUCUCCUGAGAGAGUCUGGAGCCCUGCUUGAGAAUCAAAGCGAGCUCCCUGGAAUGCCCAGGUCGCUAUCCUUCAGGCAGUGUGUAGGAGAGGGGGUAGAAGCGACCAGAGAGGCCUGAGGAGGAGUUCUGGUGGUGCCGGCACCUUAGUGGGUCGCUCCUUGAGAACCCCCUCUGGGGGGGCUUUUCCCGCCGCCAGCUGAGUUGGAGAUGGAGUAGUUCAGAAUCCACUGACGCAGCCAGGGAUUGAGCUUUGCAAAGCCAUUCGCAGGGAAGGGAAGCAUCUGCCCCACCCUCCCCCACCGCGCGCCCUCGAUCCUCUGCCUGCACCCUCCCCCCCCGUGACGUCACCCUAGCCCUGUCCCGGAGAGCCUGCAAAGCCUCUCAAAUUCAAACUGCUAGACGCACUGCCGCCGCCGCUACCGGAUUGGAAGCGCGCGCCCAGGCUUUGCCGUGGCCGCCGCCCGCCAACCGAGCCCAGCGGCCGGCUCCCCGACCUCCCUGCGCAGUCUCACCCCGCCCCGCCCCCCGGUUCCCGGAGGCGAAGCUUCCCCGCACUCCGACCCUUGUCUUCCUCUCCUGCCGCCUGCCGGAUUUUUAAUUUCUGCGCAUCCCCCAACCAAAUUAAAGCGACCGACAGAAAGCAGGACAUCCCCCCUGGAAGCGGCGUCUUCUUUUUACCUUGCUGUCCCUCUCUUCCUGAAGAUGCUAAACUCCUGGCGGACUGCAGAGGAGAGGGGUCCUGUCUUCUCCUGAUGUGUACCUGAGCUGACACCGAAGGUGCCUAAAGAUGCUGAGCAGCGUUUGGUUCCUCAGUGUGUUAACCGUGGCCGGGAUUUUACAGACGGAGAGUCGCAAAACUGCCAAAGACAUUUGCAAGAUCCGCUGCCUGUGCGAGGAGAAGGAAAACGUACUAAACAUUAACUGUGAAAACAAAGGAUUUACAACUGUCAGCCUGCUUCAGCCCCCCCAGUAUCGAAUCUAUCAGCUUUUUCUCAAUGGCAACCUCCUGACAAGACUGUACCCAAACGAAUUUGUCAAUUACUCCAACGCGGUGACCCUUCACCUAGGUAACAAUGGAUUGCAGGAGAUCGGAACUGGGGCGUUCAGUGGCUUGAAAACCCUCAAGAGACUGCACCUCAAUAACAACAAGCUGGAGGUAUUGCGGGAGGACACUUUCCUGGGCCUGGAGAGCCUCGAGUACCUCCAAGCUGACUACAAUUACAUCAGUGCCAUCGAGGCAGGGGCGUUCAGCAAACUUAAUAAGCUCAAAGUGCUCAUCUUGAAUGACAACCUUCUGCUGUCACUGCCCAGCAAUGUGUUCCGGUUCGUCCUGCUGACCCACUUAGACCUGAGGGGAAACCGGCUGAAGGUGAUGCCUUUCGCUGGCGUCCUUGAACAUAUCGGAGGGAUCAUGGAGAUUCAGCUGGAGGAAAACCCCUGGAAUUGCACUUGUGACUUACUUCCUCUCAAGGCGUGGCUGGACACCAUAACUGUUUUUGUGGGGGAGAUUGUCUGCGAAACUCCCUUCAGGUUGCACGGGAAAGACGUGACCCAACUGACCAGGCAAGACCUCUGUCCCAGAAAAAGUGCUGGUGACUCCAGUCAAAGGGGCAGUCAUGGUGACACACACAUUCAAAGGCUGGCACCUACCAUGAAUCCUGCUCUCAGCCCCACCAGAGCUCCAAAAGCCAGCCGGCCACCCAAAAUGAGAAAUCGUCCAACUCCCCGAGUGACUGUGUCAAAGGACAGGCAGAGCUUUGGACCGAUCAUGGUGUACCAGACCAAGUCCCCCGUGCCCCUCACCUGCCCCAGUAGCUGUGUCUGCACCUCUCAGAGCUCAGACAAUGGUCUAAAUGUUAACUGCCAAGAAAGAAAGUUCACUAAUAUCUCCGACCUGCAGCCUAAACCCACCAGUCCAAAGAAACUCUACCUAACAGGGAACUAUCUUCAAACCGUCUAUAAGAAUGACCUCUCAGACUACAGUUCUUUGGAUCUGUUGCAUUUGGGAAACAACAGGAUUGCCAUCAUUCAGGAAGGUGCCUUCACAAACCUGACCAGUUUACGCAGACUUUAUCUGAAUGGCAAUUACCUUGAAGUGCUGUACCCUUCUAUGUUUGAUGGGCUGCAGAGCUUGCAGUAUCUCUACUUAGAGUACAAUGUCAUUAAGGAAAUCAAGCCGCUGACUUUUGAUGCUUUGAUUAACCUCCAGCUCCUGUUUCUGAAUAACAACCUGCUGAGGUCCUUACCCGAUAAUAUAUUUGGGGGCACAGCCCUCACCAGGCUAAAUCUGAGAAACAACCAUUUUUCACACCUGCCUGUGAAAGGGGUUCUGGACCAGCUUCCGGCUUUUAUCCAGAUAGAUCUGCAAGAGAACCCAUGGGACUGCACCUGUGACAUCAUGGGUCUAAAGGACUGGACAGAGCACGCCAACUCCCCUGUUGUCAUCAAUGAGGUGACUUGUGAGUCUCCCGCUAAGCAUGCAGGGGAGAUACUGAAAUUUCUGGGAAGGGAAGCCAUUUGUCCAGAGAGUCCGAAUUUGUCAGACGGGACCAUUCUGUCAAUGAAUCACAACACAGACACGCCUCGGUCCCUCAGCGUGUCUCCCAGUUCCUAUCCUGAACUACAUACAGAAGUUCCACUUUCUGUCUUAAUCUUAGGAUUGCUGGUUGUUUUUAUCCUGUCAGUCUGUUUUGGGGCCGGUUUGUUUGUCUUUGUCCUGAAACGCCGCAAGGGAGUGCCAAAUGUUCCCAGGAGUGCCAACAACUUAGACAUAAGUUCCUUCCAAUUACAGUACGGCUCUUACAACACAGAGACUCAUGAUAAAACCGACGGCCAUGUCUAUAACUACAUCCCUCCACCUGUGGGUCAGAUGUGCCAAAACCCCAUCUACAUGCAGAAGGAAGGAGACCCGGUGGCCUAUUACCGCAACCUGCAAGAAUUCAGCUAUGGCAACCUGGAGGAGAAGAAGGAAGAGCCAGCCACGCUAGCUUACACAAUUAGUGCCACUGAGCUGCUGGAAAAGCAGGCCACACCAAGAGAGCCCGAGCUGCUGUAUCAAAAUAUUGCUGAGCGAGUCAAGGAACUCCCCAGUGCAGGCCUCGUCCACUAUAACUUUUGUACCUUACCUAAAAGGCAGUUCGCCCCUGCCUAUGAAUCUCGACGCCAAAACCAAGACAGAAUCAAUAAAACCGUUUUAUAUGGAACUCCCAGGAAAUGCUUUGUGGGGCAGUCAAAGCCUGAUCACCCUUUACUGCAAGCUAAGCCGCAAUCAGAACCAGACUACCUCGAAGUUCUGGAAAAACAAACUGCAAUCAGUCAGCUGUGAAGGGAAAUCAUUUACAACCCUAAGGCAUCAAAGGAUGCUGCUCCAAACUGUUGGAAGCACUGCGUUUGCUUUUGUGUUUGUUUGUGUUCUCCCCUUCCCGGUGGGGACUUUUUGAAAAUGUGUGGGAGAUGGGGUGAAGCAAAGGUAUUGCUGUUGCAAGUUUUUCCUUUAAAUUAUUUCUCUCUCACUCUCCCCUCACGAUUUUUUUCCUUCUCUUCUUAGGAACCAUCCGUGAACAUGAAUGUUUCUACAGUGCAUUUUUUCAUAUAUUUGUUUAUGAUUUUGUUUCUGCUUUCUUCUUUCUUUUUUCCAGUGUGGGAGUAGAAAGAGGAGCUUAUAGUGAAUGAAGGAAGAAUAGGCAAACUUUCAGACGAAAAGGGUAAUUAGUGUACUUUGUGGAAGAUCUCCAAAGAUCUUUUGGGACUACAACUUCUUUUGUAAAUAACGAUACCUGGUAUUUCCACCUUCAGUUACCAAGUACAGCCACUGGGCAUCACUUCUUUGUGUUAAAGUGCCUUCGCACUUUAAGUACAUUACUUAAAUGUUGCUUUUAGCUUUGAUAAAUUGAACGUAUUUUAAUGUGUUGUACUUUUCAAAGUGAAAACACUGUAAAAUAGAUCUCUAUGUCAGCUAUAUUAAGUCAACGUACAGUUUGCUUGAUUUAUGGAAACCAGCCUGUCAUCCAAUGGUUCUAGUUUAGGACUUUAUAGACUUAACUGUAAAAUAUUUCCUUUCCUCUGGGUUUGUUUUAAGUGAUUUUAUUUAAGUCAACUAAAGGGAUUUAACAGUGGACUAGAGGUAAUAAGCUGCCUCAUAUGGGAUUAGUAAUUCAUUAAUAAAAUAUAUUUAACCCAA